GAAGAAUGAACCGUCAUUUUCGUAGCGCACCUAAGCGACCCGAAGUGUUCUCCAACGCGCAACCAUAACAUCAUCUGCAGUGAACCAACCUGAAAAAAAAAGGCCACAGCGAUCGAGCUUGUCGUCAGUGACGAGGUUUGCAGUAUAUGAUAACACACCAACGCUGUGGCUCAUAUGAUGGCAACGUCGAUUGCCCUUUGUUUGAUCGAGUUUAGUCUCCAUCGUCGUUCUGCAUAAGAAAUUAUUUUUUCCCACGCGCCCACCUACCAAACCUGCCGCUGCACUACCCUGGGCUUUUCGUGCGCUUGUCCAACAAUCCCAUUCGUUCGUUUGGUGUUGCGCAAAACGCAGGCUAGUCUCAGCCGUCAACAAGGAAUCAGCGCAGCCUGGGAUUUCUGCGGUCACAUCGGUGGAAGAGGUUUCAUAGGCUGGGCCCUUUCAAUCACAAGAAUAAUAUCUCGACGGCAACCAUGAACGGAAAUACAGGAACCGGUCGCAAGCAAGCAGCCAUAGUUGCUGCAACAGCAGCCGCAGCUGUAGUCUCGUCGCCCGCCGCAUUCUCCAAGCCUGACAUGCCGACGUCAUCUUCAAAGUCGCAGCGCGUAUGGAACACCAAAAAUCUCGGAUGGCGCCUCGCUGCCGAUGCCAUCUCGGCGGCGGCUGCUGCCACCAUGGUAGCACCGCUUAUUUCAAUAAUUGAUCGGUCUAUAAUGGAGAAUGCAUCUGGACGCCGGUCGCUGAUAGAAUCCGUCAAGAGUUCCCUUGCCAACCUGAUAAUGAGACCACACACGAUCAUAUUCGCGCGACCUUUUGCGCUAAUAUGCAUGACGUACGGCGGAACCUACCUCACAGCCAACACACUGGAUACAGCAACGUCAACGGUCAAAAACAAGCCCGCGACCCUGGUCACCUCGGGGACUGCCAAGUUUGUCGCUUCUUCCACUGCCAACACUGGGCUUGGUAUAUACAAGGACCAGGUUUUCGCCCGCAUGUUUGGUCCGCCUGGCGCAACCCCACGGCCCGUACCACUGCCUUCCUACCUCCUCUUUGCCAUGCGGGAUGCCGUCACCAUCUUCGCCUCAUUUAAUCUCCCCAUUAUGCUGGCGCCGUACCUCAACAACCACCUAUCGGACGGCUUUAAGAAGCAUAUCAGCGGACAGACUCUGGCGCAGUUUGCCGCCCCGGCUGCCAUCCAGAUUAUCAGCACCCCGCCACACCUCCUCGGCCUCGAUCUUUACAACCGUCCAACCUGCGCUAGCUCAGGUUCCCCAACCUGGGCUGAGCGCUGGGCCUCUGUACGAAGCAACUGGGCCAUAAGUUCAUGUGCUCGUGUUUGCAGAAUCGUGCCUGCCUUCGGAAUUGGAGGUGUUGUCAACUUCAAGGUUCGGAGGCAGUUUAUGGAGAAGCUCACCUAGUGCAUUCAGGGGCUGAUCUGACCUUCCCCUAUUUUAUCCGCCCACCUUUCUUGAUUUUCCAUUGUUACGGCUUUUUGGGCAGGCGCCUGGGGGGCUAUCUAUAAUGUUUGUUUUGAUUUCCGAUAUGAGCGCCAUCGCAACGCAUGGCUUGUGCAGUCGCACCUCAUGGUAUACAUGUAAAAGGCAUGAAUAGGCGUUGGGUUGAUUUUUUUUGGGGUCUGCAUUUUCUUGUAGUGCGAGACAUCGUUGAAAUUUGGUUGGGAAAGUGUGUACGGAACAUACCCUGUGCAAUAGAACGGCUUGAAUGCGGGCAUAGACACAAAGCUAGUGGUAAUACGUGAACAAACAUAUCGUUGUGCUUUUAUCAUAUUGGAUUGCUCACGUCUUUCCAAGCCUAUCAUACACUCG